AUGGACGGUGCGGAGCUUACGUUGCAGUACCUGGCACCGGUCUCGAGUUCGGACAACAACAAGCGGGCACGGCAACAACAACAACAACAACAACGGAACGGAAAGGAUACGACAACUGAAACAACGGUGGCGGUUGGCGGUAUGCGAUAAAAAACGUAUAAAACGAACGCACUCGGGCUGUUUGCCGUAGAACGAGUUUAUUAUUUGGCUUUAAGAAUUGUAUGAAUCGCCUGCGCGUCAGUGUUGACGAGGGGACAUGAUAAGUAGGCACAUAGGUAACGGAAAUUAUCGACAGAGAAGAAACAAACGAUUGAAAACGACUAUUAUUAUUCUGGUAGACACACACAAUUACGAGCGAAAUACGAAAAAAUGCACGAGUGACCGCCAGCGACGUCCGACUACAACAACGAUAAUACAUUAACACAUUAAUACAAUCCAUUGCCGUACACGGCACAACACAAAGAUAGCAAUACGGAUUUUUUUCCCCCCAAAUCAACAAAGACAAAUAUUUUCAUACGACAGUAUGGUCGAGAUUUAAACGAUUCACAGAUGGCAUAACAAUUUUAAUCAAUUCACAAAAAUAAGAGAAGACCGAUUGACGUAUAGCGGAGCGACGAUAAUUCCGAAACCGGAUUUGGAUUCAGCAAGAAGUCUAAAAUACGAAAUUGAUCUGACCACUUUUUAUAGUUAAGUUCGUAAUUUAGUUUUAAACGACGAACAAAAAACAAAAGUGCGGCGAUUAAAAUUCAAAAUUCGCUCGAUCGUUCUCGUGCGGGAUUUAAAUAGGUUUUUAUGAUUCUCAUCGUUUCACUACGCUGAUCGAACAGAUUGCCGAAGAACGAGUCGUUUUCAUCUUCUCUCUCCCCCCCCCCACAAAAAAAAAAAUCGUUAAUAUCCAAUCGCCUUAAUUUUAAGUGCGUAUAAACGAAUGGCUGAUUUUGAACGUUACUCUCGAUAAUAAUAUUGCACGCAGUGACCGCACGAGCAUGAUUCGCGCACAAAAAAUAAACCGUUAUUAAUUAAAUCUACCAAAAAAAAAAAAAAAAAAAAAUAAUGAAUGUAAUUAUCUAAUUAUUAUUUUCUCGUUUUAAACCGCGCAUUGUUUCCCGAUUGAACAGCGUGGCACCUCGUUUAUUAUGUUACCAUGAUAAUAAUACGUUUUUAUUCACGUUUCGUUUUCGGCGGAAUGCGUAAUAUUUCGGCGCGGGUAAUCGCGCGAAUGUCGACCGUUGUACACAGCCGAUUGAACCAACGAACGCGUUUCGCGUGUGCCCAUGACGGCGGCGGCGGCGGCGGCGGCGGAUCUUAAAAUCAAUUCGUUUUAAACGGCACGGCGAAAUUAUAUUGCUACGGUUCGGGGGGGGGGACGUCGAUUAGGAUUUCGCGGGUCGCGCCGCAGCCGCCGCCCAGAGACGUGAAACGUGUGUCGAUUACCGAAUGGAAAAUAUUCAAUUACGCGGUGGACGGAGGGACGGUCGUUAUUGUUUUUUUGCAUUUUUGCAGCGACGCCGCUGGAUCAUAAUCCGUACAGCGUGAGACGGUACGGUUCUGUUGUGUACGCGUGCGAAAAUAUCGACUUUGUGUUUACAAUAAAAUCCGUCUGUUGUACUAGAAAAAUAAAAAUAAAAACGGACGAGCAGCCGCAGAACGCCGUCGCCAGCGUCGAAUUUUCCUCCGUAACAAUUGUUGCCGUAACAAUAAAUCGUGUUUUCUUUUUUCUAUUUUGUUUUUUUCAAUUGAACUAAAAAAAAAAAGUUUUCUCAAAACAGGCAAAUUGGUUCUCUGCCGACGCACAAACAUGCGGCGAGGUCGGGGGUUAG